AACCAGUACUUAUUCACGUCUUUCAUUCUUUCCUUCCACCACUCUCUCUUGAUCAAUUGUUGUAAUACCAGAGAUGUACCACCACAGUGUCUGGCAUGGCCAACUUUACGUUCCUCCUAAUCCUGCCCCGCCACCACCCGUCCCACACAAGGUCUGGAUCAUGGACUGUAGAACUUGCGGUACCUUCUUCACGAACCGCGGUAUGAAGGCAGUUCUCCUUCUUCGCCCAAGCGUAGGACUGUACUCGUCUGACGCGCUACCAGUCAAUUGCUCCGCACACAGUGCCGUCGGCUCCCAUUCCCUCAAGCCUCUGCCCAGCUGCCCUUCUCAACCUCCAAGAACGUGUGAAUGCCUCACACAAACAUUGUGUUGUCAUGGGUGUGGCAAGAGUGUUGGAUAUAUGAUCGUGAUCCCGUGCGCCAGGUGCACAUCAUCUGUCAGCGCUUCUAGCCGGGCGACGAAUGGCCAUCGAUUUGUAUUUCACGCGAGCGAGAUUCGGGAGACGGAGCGACAUUACAUCGAGAACGAGGCUGGUGUCGUUGCAUCGACUGAUCACGUACUUGUAGGCGAGAGUCCUAUCAUCUCUCAAAGCCAGGCGCCGAGACACGAGAAUCCUGUGAGAAGCUCUGCCGUCACGUCGGGCGGCCCAGAGUAUCUGCCCACUCCCCCCUUGGAUUCGGAGGACGAUAUGCAUCCAUCCGUCUUCUCUUACUAUUCUCAGCAUGAAGCAAGCCACCUCUCCAUGGAUCCUCCUAGUCCCAUACCCCAUUACUCUGGAGCCCUACAAUCUUCAGUCCACCUUCGGGCUCUGUCUGUGGCUAGUGAUUCGAGCGUCCCACCUGCGGUCCAACCGAGCUAUGGUCUGCCAGCGGAGCAGCCGGAGCCUUCUCUUCCCUCACUAGCGCCUGGUGAUGUGCUGUAUUGGCAUCAUCUGGCCAGACAUGGGGAGAUUCCCGGUGUGAUGGAGGAUCCUCGGGCCCGGCGUCGAACAUUGGCUGUCAAGGACAAUCUCCACUUUGACCGAUAAUCCUCUCUUCCGGUACCUCGCGAUGCCCUAUAGACUGUUUAUCCACGAACUGUCUUGAUUUAUUCUAUUAUUCGCUAUGUACUUCCUUCCCGUGGCAGCCUGUUGGCAGAGAACCGACCAUUAAAACUGUAUAUCAUCGACGCGAGAUCACAUCAGUCCUAUGUGGCGUGAGAACACCUUUGCCCCAGGACAUCUGUAGCACCGAUGGCCUCCUAUGGCCUUGACGGAGACUGUUAAUUGGUAUACGCGACCGCGUUGUUUAAUCUUGUAUCCCUUUCACAUGGCUCAUGACGUCAGCGCUUGGCCAAAUCGGUCAGCUGUCACGUUUCGUCACAUCGCAACCACUCUCUACAGCUCUCUCCCCAACCACUCACACCUAGCAAUGCAGAUCUUCGUUAAGACUCUCACCGGCAAGACCAUCACCCUUGAGGUCGAGUCGUCCGAUACUAUUGAUAAUGUCAAGGCCAAGAUCCAAGACAAGGAAGGGAUCCCCCCUGAUCAGCAGCGCCUUAUCUUCGCCGGGAAGCAGCUCGAGGAUGGUCGCACCCUUUCGGAUUACAACAUUCAGAAGGAAUCUACCCUUCACCUUGUUCUCCGGCUUCGUGGAGGAAUGCAGAUUUUCGUCAAGACUCUUACGGGGAAGACCAUCACCCUGGAAGUGGAGUCGUCCGACACCAUUGAUAAUGUCAAGGCCAAGAUCCAGGACAAGGAGGGCAUUCCUCCUGACCAACAGCGGUUGAUCUUUGCCGGAAAGCAAUUGGAAGAUGGACGGACCCUGUCUGAUUACAACAUCCAGAAGGAAUCCACGUUGCAUCUUGUCCUUCGUCUCCGUGGUGGCAUGCAAAUCUUUGUGAAGACGUUGACUGGCAAGACGAUCACCCUCGAAGUCGAAUCGUCGGAUACCAUUGACAAUGUGAAAGCCAAGAUUCAAGACAAGGAGGGGAUCCCACCCGAUCAGCAGCGCCUUAUCUUUGCGGGCAAACAACUCGAAGACGGUCGCACUCUUUCCGACUACAACAUUCAGAAGGAGUCGACGCUCCAUCUUGUCCUUCGACUGCGAGGUGGCAUGCAGAUAUUUGUCAAGACGCUGACGGGCAAGACGAUCACGCUUGAGGUCGAGUCGUCGGACACAAUCGACAACGUCAAGGCUAAGAUUCAGGACAAGGAAGGCAUCCCUCCUGACCAGCAGCGUUUGAUCUUCGCUGGGAAGCAGCUCGAGGAUGGCCGCACCCUUUCUGAUUAUAACAUUCAGAAGGAAUCGACCCUCCAUCUUGUUCUCCGUCUGCGCGGUGGCCUUUCCUUGUAGUUGUUUUAUAAAUUACUCUUUAUCCUUGAGGGGAAAUAAAUUGCUGUGCUUGUGAA